CUGUCAGUUUCGGGGAAAUAAAGUCAGCGCUUCGCAUUUCGUGUUACUGUUCUUUAUCAAUUUGUUUGAGUAAUUGUUUACGUGACUGUAAAAUAUAACAGAGACACAUUUUAGGACAAAAUCAUAAGUAAAUCAAUAAUUAAGAAUAUCAUGUUGUGAUUAUAUCUAAGUGUUCGUUACAAAUGAAAAUGUCUAACUCACUUUCGAGUAAUAAAAGUCACUCGAAAAAGGCGAAUAGUAGCAGAGAACGCGAUAGAAACAAAUCAGUGGCAUCAGAAUCUGGGGGCUCCAGUCAGUGCGACACUCCUCCGCUCAACGAAAAGGAUGGAAACUCAUCACAAGGAAAGUUUGCGGGUAUCAGCCCUGACUCGGUUGUUUGUAUGGCGGAGCAGGCUGGUCAUGAAGUCAGUACUGAGGCCAUCACCAACCUGGCUGAGGAUGUUAGCUACAAACUCAGACAAACCAUUAGUACCUUAGCCCUACAAAGUUCCAUGAUGAAGAAAACAACAGUGGAUAGCUGGGAUGCUAACACUGUGUUCAUGUUAUCAGACACAAGCCCCGUAGUGGGGUCGUGCAUCACUCAGUACGUACCAUUAGGCGAAGAAAAACUUUGUGUACCACUUGACACCUUAUUAAAUGUGACAGAGUUUGCGUUGACACCGCAGAGUUAUGUAUACAGUUCCGAAGCCACCGUAUCAGUGGAAUGGAUAACGGAUGACAAGAGUCUCAAUAACUCCAGCAAUAUUAGUGUCAGCCUGCAGAAUUAUUAUACCAAAGUUGCAAGAGCCAUAUUAAAUCUCCGCAAGAAGCCCAAGGAAGUAGCGGUGGAGGACUUGACAACGAAUACUAGGAUCGGUCCCAUAUUCCCAAACCUCUUCAACUUGGCUGUGCUUGUACUGAAUGAUGACAACUUGAAUGCACUUAACGUCCCGGCUAAGAAACCCCUACAGUCUAACGUGUUGGAUAUGGUAGAUGCACUGUGUUCCAAUCCUUGUAGUUUGGACACGAAUAUUCAGCAACAGUUUCAACGUUUAUUUCCAGUAAUGGUAUCAAACAUAUUAGGCAAUGGCUCGUUAGCUGAGAAAAUGGUCGCAAUACUCACCAAAAUCACAAGAACUUGGCCGUCGUUUAUAACAAUAGGUAAAGGUAUUUUAUUUGAUUACCUAGCACAAGGCACGAAGGAGCGUCUCACUGCGCCGAUGAUAAAGUGCGUGAUGGCGCUCGGCCGGCGAGCCCUAGUGGAGUGCUUGGCGGACCAUUUGGACCAUCUCGAUGACUGCAUACACGCGCCCCGAAGAAACCAUCUACAGACCGACCUUAGGGAAACUAUACUUGACGUAUCAACGUGCCUCCUCAGAUCUGAACCCACCACCUACUUAGAAGACUACGUGACAACAGACUACACCCUGUAUGAGAUGCUCGGUGACUCAAUAUUACCUCGACGAAUGAUAUUCCCUAUCACAGAUAAAAUCACAAACGAAGACACAUCACAAGAGAAGCAAUCGGACGAGGAGUUCACAUACACACCGGUGCGGCCGGUGAUGAAGCGGCCCAAACUCCGGCUCAUACCUACCACUCACUCACUAAGGAACGGAGUCCACAGAGAAAGUGUAUUCGAACCAACAAAGUUUAAAAGUGAUAAGUGUAUUAGAAUCAAAAUCAAAAGUUGCCGGACACAAGUGCUCAGACCCACAGUUAGAACUUCAGUGUCAAUGCCAAACUAUGUGUGCCCCCCGACAGGUGGCGUGGUAGUCGCAAGCGGUGUCCUCAAUAGGUUUAGGUAUAAACUUAAUAAGUCUAGUGAACCAUUUCCAAUAUUUGGAGCUGUUGUGUUGUAA